GUGAUGAUGUUUUAGUGGGUUUUCUGGAACAAGUAUGGAAUACGAUUCUCUGAAGCCCAUUAUAUGAACAGAUUCACUUUCCUGAUAAUAAGGAACCUUACUUUUGCUUACUUUAGCGAUAAAGAAGAAUUCUGCCUAAAUUCUAAUCAUUCGAUUCUUAAACAGCAAGUUCUACUCAUAUGAGAAUUCCAAUAUAGUGUUUAAUCAAGCAGCAUUUUCAGGACUUAGUUCAAUUCAACUAAAGCAGAGAUCAAGCGCAAAGGACAAAGUCUUUCAAGUCAUUUCAUAAAUUAGAGACCAGAGAUCGAGUCUUAUACUUCGCAAACAGAAGUUUACUGAUUCUGCUAUAGUUCGAUUAUUUUAAAGCUUAUUCAAAAUAAGUUUCUUAUUCAAAAUAUGACAUAUUUCUUUCAAAAGACCAGUUAAUAAUAGUUGAAUCGUUCUCAUGAUGAAAAGUUCUCGUGACAGAAGAUAAUAUGUUAUUAGCAUUUUAAAAGUUGCAACAUUUUCUGUAUGCGCCUGUUAUUUUCAGACGAAAUGAUAAGUUUUUAUCCGAUAAACAUGUGGAAAUUGCAACGAAAAGGACUUUUAGUGGUCAUCAAUUUGAAUGUUGUUAUGCCGUACUGCCAUGGUCUUAUUGUUCUAGAGUCAAUGGUAGUUCAAAAAUUGGCAUCUUUGCUUACUGGUUAUCCCCUUCAGUUUUUGACCCACUUCUACAGUAUCCUUAGAAAAGAAUAAACAACAAUUUUACUAUAAAUAUAUUUUGAUGCACCCAAAAUUUAAUCAAACAAAAAUGGGAAAAACAUUGGAUAUUUUACUUGGAAGGAAAUCAUCAAAGCUAAGUAGUUUGGCAGAACAUGCUAUUACUAGGAACUCAUAUCACAAGAACCGGCAACAAGCACUCUUUUCAUUUUCUUACUCUGAUAUUGUCCAACUCCUCAACCUUAGUCACCAUGAACAAGCUCUUCUUCGAGUUGAACAUGUGAUAAAGAGCAAGAACAUGUUGGAUGCUUUCGAUUUGAUAGAGUCUUACUGUCAACUUCUUAAGCAAAAUACGUCUUUGAUCGAAAAAACCAAGGAGUGCCCAGAAGAACUAAAGGAGGCCAUAGGAAGCUUAAUUUACGCGUCUACAAGGUUCGGAGAUUUCCCAGAACUACAACAUAUCCGAGAUUUUUUCACUUCAAAGUUUGGGCACCAAUUUGUGUCACAAGCAAUUGAGUCUCCUAGAGAUUUUGGUGUCAAUGAUAAGAUUAUACAGCAACUAUCAAGAAGAAAACCAAGACUGGAAACAAGAAUAAGCUUUCUCAGGGAAAUUGCUUCCAAUAAUGGCACAACUUUAUAUUUACGCACAGAUGUUCAACAACGAUGAAGAAAAUAUCAUUUAUAAGAUUGAUCAUGUUGCACUUUAAUGGUUGCACCAAAGAAGAUAAUGGCAAAUCAACACUACAACUUUGAGUCUUGACGAGAAGAAGCUAGCCGACGAAUAUUCACUGACCAACUACAAGCUAUUAGCUAUAGGAGAUUAGCAGAAGCUAGGAAGUGAAAGAUUAUAUAUCCACAAGAUUGAACCAAUGAGGUAUUGGCCUUGCGGCAAAGACUGAAGGCUUGUGCACGAUAUGCCGUUACGUCGUCAGAGGUUCAAAUCGCCAUUCUUCAUUUCUAAUGCCUAGAGUAACUCCAAUGGUCAUAAGAAGGACUUGCUCGCAAAAAAUAUAUGAGCAGAUAGUUAAUCGUUGGUACAUAAAAUUACAUAAGCAACUAUCACAAUAUUGUAGCUCAUAUGAACAGAUAGAUCACGCAAAAAAUGUGGAUAAAAUAAAAUAAAAUAUUACAAGGA